AUGGCGCCGAGGCGGCGCCGGGGCCUGGCCGCGGCGGGCUCCCUGCUGCCGCUGCUCUGCGCGCUGCUCCGCGCCGCCGCCGAUACCAGCACCGGCCGGGGUUGGUUAAAAACUUAUGGCUACUUGCUUCCAUCUGACAGCCAAAUGUCUGCCGCGCAGUCAGGAAAAGCUGUGCAGUCUGCAGUGGCCACUAUGCAACAGUUUUAUGGGAUCCCAGUAACAGGAGUUUUGGACCAAACAACUCUUGAGUGGAUGAAGAAGCCUCGAUGUGGAGUUCCUGAUCAUCCCCACUUAGGCCACAGCCGGAGGAAAAAGCGCUAUGCACUGACAGGGCAAAAAUGGAGGCAGAAGCACAUAACCUACAGUGUGCACAACUAUACCCCCAAGGUUGGAGAGCUUGAUACAAGGAGAGCCAUUCGUCAGGCGUUUGAUGUUUGGCAAAGAGUGACACCGCUUACCUUUGAAGAGGUCCCCUACCACGAAAUUAAAAAUGACAGGAAGGAGGCCGAUAUUAUGAUAUUUUUUGCCUCUGGUUUCCAUGGAGACAGCUCUCCGUUUGAUGGAGAAGGUGGAUUCCUAGCUCACGCUUACUUUCCUGGACCAGGAAUAGGAGGGGACACUCACUUUGAUUCAGAUGAGCCGUGGACCCUGGGAAAUUCCAAUCAUGAUGGGAAUGAUCUCUUUCUGGUUGCAGUCCAUGAGCUGGGACAUGCCCUGGGUCUGGAACACUCCAAUGAUCCCAGCGCAAUUAUGGCUCCUUUCUACCAGUACAUGGAAACACACAACUUCAAACUGCCCCAGGAUGACCUCCAAGGAAUUCAGAAAAUCUAUGGUCCUCCUAUUGAGCCUCUGGAGCCAACCAGGCCUUUACCGACUCUUCCUGUUCGCAGAAUUCAUUCCACUUCGGAAAGAAAACAUGAGAGACAGCCUAGACCUCCCAGUCCUCCUCUAGGUGACAGGCCGUCUCCUCCUGGCACAAAACCAAACAUCUGCGAUGGCAAUUUUAACACCGUGGCUCUCUUUAGAGGAGAAAUGUUUGUUUUCAAGGAUCGCUGGUUCUGGCGUCUGCGCAACAACCGGGUGCAGGAGGGAUAUCCCAUGCAAAUUGAGCAGUUCUGGAAAGGGCUCCCUGCAAAGAUUGAUGCAGCCUAUGAGAGAUCUGAUGGAAAAUUUGUUUUCUUCAAAGGAGAUAAAUACUGGGUUUUCAAGGAAGUGACAGCAGAGCCAGGAUACCCACACAGUCUCGUGGAGCUGGGGAACUGCCUGCCCCGGGAAGGCAUCGACACGGCUCUGCGCUGGGAGCCUGUAGGCAAGACCUACUUCUUCAAAGGAGACAGGUACUGGAGGUACAACGAGGACAAGAGAGCGACGGACCCAGGAUACCCAAAGCCCAUCACUGUGUGGAGAGGAAUCCCUCAGGCUCCACAAGGAGCUUUUAUCAGCAAAGAGGGCUUUUAUACCUACUUCUACAAGGGGAAGGAGUACUGGAAGUUUGAUAACCAGAGGCUGAACGUGGAGCCAGGCUACCCCAGGUCAAUCCUCAAAGACUGGAUGGGCUGCAACCAGAAGGAUGUCGAGCGAAGCAAAGACAGACGCCUCCCCCACGACGAUGUGGAUAUUAUGGUGACAAUAAAUGAUGUGCCUAGCACUGUAAAUGCAAUUGCAGUUGUGAUUCCUUGCAUUUUGUCUCUGUGUAUCCUUGUCUUGGUGUACACGAUCUUCCAGUUUAAAAACAAAGAGGUGCAGCAGAAUGUUGUGUACUACAAAAGACCUGUCCAGGAGUGGGUAUGACACAGCCAGCUGCACAUCGACCCGAUGAGGAUAUGGACAAAAAAAAAAAAAAUGAAAAAAAAAUGCAUUCAGAGCCUACCAAACAAAACUACUUCAGUGACUUACAAAGUUUUGGACAUCCUGGGACUGAAAGCAGCAGGAAAACUGGAAAAAAAUACAGGCGGUGUGGAGCCUCGUUCCUUCAAAAUGCCUCAGUCGUGUAAGUCUUGGUGUGCCAUUCUCCACAGGCCCACUCUGCAAACAUCAGAGACUUCAAGACAGGUUUUCUUCAACCUUCUCAGCUGUUCUGGGAAACUUCUGUCAGUUCCCUGCACCAGUGCUCCCUGUUAAACCCAGCAUUCUCCAGUGUAGCUAAACCACCUCUGAACAGAACCAUUUUUUUAAUAGCUCUCAUAAAUGAAUUAAGAUCAUGAAACCUAUGAACAGGAACAAUUCAGUAUCGUAAGCAGAAGACAUUCUGAUGCUGAGCCAUUCUAAGAGAUCUUCUUAGUUUAUUACAAAAACCAGGGAAUAACCUGGAAACAAUUUUCCAAUACCUGCUGGUCAGAUGUUUUGUACAUUCAUAACUAAUCAACGCUGCCACUCAGCACCGUGCACGAGGAACCAUUCAGCCCUCCAGGAGGUCAACGAGUGCUGAGCAGAAGCUCACCAAGCACCAAACCAGACACCAUAACGUUACUUGGCAACAUCGAGUCCUACUUGGGACAGUCUGAAGACAAGCUAAUUGCAUAUAACAGCACCAAUUAUGGGAAUACACGUUUUUGUUUUGGGAGCCAUUGGUGAAAGAAUGAUGUCAUGGGAUCUUAAGCUCCCACGAGCCAGAAAGCAGUGGUUACCAAUGUAAUGGAAAAUGUAUAAAUGUAGACUGCACUCUGCCCCCGUUAAGAUGCUGGGAAAAGAUGAAUUGUUGUUAUGUGGCAUGUGUAACUAGAUUGUGGAAUUUGUACGUUGGGUUUCAGGAGAAUGGAAAUGUGUUUGGAGUGAGAUCGUCAGUAUGUUUUGCUGCAAUAGUCGAGGUACAGUAAGAAUUAGGCCUGUUUAUAAGACAAAAUCCAAUCCCUGUAGAUGUUACAAACAUUGUAUGCCUUUGAAAUUUUGUUUUUGCUCACUUCUUCACGUGCAAAUAUUUGGCAAGGACCAAAGGAAGCAUGUCACACAGUAGAACGAGUUCAUCGCUAGUCGCAGUUGACAGAGCCACAAACCUCAGGCAGAGGCUACACAAAUUCCUGGGCCUCCAGUCAGUAACUUUUCACAGCCCUCUUCUUACAGCGGUAGCUUCUGCUUAUCCCUGUGAUGACUGUGAAUGGUUUGGGGUGUUGGGUCCUAACCCUAACGUGUGUACAGCUCAUUUUGUUGUUGAUUCUGACAGUCCCACCAUGUCAAAUAAGAGAAGUCUCUUGCAGUGCAAUCUGAUGGUUAAAUCCAGCCCUCUAUGAAAGUGCCAUUCACAUAAGCAUAUGAACUGCUUUGCACGCCCACUGUAGGGAACAGGUGAUUAGUGCAAGCCCUCUGCCUAUAUAACUGAAUGUUAUUCAGUGCAAUGGAAGUGCAAUGCACAGAAUGUCCAGCUAGUUUAGAAAAGUACAACCCCAUAAUAUCAGCUAUGAAAAAAAAAAAUAUCCAAGGAUUUUUAUUUUCUUGACAAACGUGCUGUAAGUAUUUGUAAUUACAACGAUGAGGAAUGAAAAAGCAGAAAGAUUGUUUGCAUUCUGAAUUUCUAACUAGUGCUCAAACAUUGCUAUGGCGAAGCCAGAUAGACCAAUAGGUAUUUCAUAGUGAAGCCCACUAGGACUGCACAACACGUGGUCUCCAACUGUAUUUUGUCUUUCAUGAUUAAUUUCCAUAGCCACAUUUUUUUAUUGUUUAAGCAUAAAAUGUAUUACAAAGAUAUUAUGAAAUAAGUGAGAAGCUAGUAGAUGCAAAACUGAAUCUUAGUGAAAAAAUGUGGUAAUGUCUUAUGAUGGGUGAAGGAGUGCAAAGGACCAAAUGAAAUCAGAGCUACUAAUUAGACACCCCCCCAUACACGCUACUCCGUAAGUUGCUAUGUGUACUAUUUAUGUGGUAGAAUGCACACUAUGAAUGCCACAGCCACAUGGCACAUGGAACUCAUCUGUACGCUGCCAUCUCUGGGGCUGUGACAGCCCGAACCUUUGAGCAACUUCCAACAGCCAUCAUUAAAAAAAAUAAUAAUUU